AUGAAAUCAAAUCAUCAAAACGACCAACUUCAAAUCAACGCAGCCCAAUCAGCGACUCGAAAACUUAAAGAGUUUGAGGAAAGUUUGGAGAAGAGUACGGAGCAACUGGUCACUUUACAGGCACCUACCAAAACUGCUCCCAAUGGACUCACUGAACAAUAUUUCGCCGAGCAGUGGUCACGUCAAAAGAUUGCUCAAUCGGAAUUAUUUGCUGAUGGUCGUACAAAAUCAUUAGAAGCCUUGGUGGCUAGGUUAAUUGACUUAGAGGAGAAUAUCAAAGAGGCCCAUACUCGAAGGCCAUCUAAUAGGACCAAAGCCGAAGUGUCUGAACUAGCUACACUGCCAGCAUCGAUUGUAGUUAUGGAAGAAGCCGUCGAGGCUGUGGUUCAAGAUCUUGGCAGUAAUAUGUUUAAGGAUCUGCCCGACUCUAAAGAUCCCAAGGCGCGAUUGCUAAUCAAGCUACGAGUAGCAAAGGAGCGUCUUUAUGAGGCAAGAGUGGGUAUAAUAGAGCUGCAGAAAGCUUGGGAUAAGCCGGGACAUGGAACAGCCUCACCUGAAGAAGCUGAUGACGGAUAA